GAUUUCAGUGAGAGGACAAAGCAAAGGCCAAUUGGCGAGUAGCACAGACAGCGAACAAGUCAAGUGAAAAAGGUGUCGAAUUAUUGUCUCAGCGAUUUGAACUUCCAGACUCUCCUCUCCCUUCUCUAUUUUGCUGUUUGUUCAGAAAAGAAAAAAAAAGGCGAAAGCAAGCCAUAUUAACCUGUCUGAUACCUGUGAACCACACAAGUUGAUGAAUUAAGAGAGACCAAGUUGGACCGUGAUUUAGGGCAUCAAAGUAGUUUAGGGGAUGGCUUGUAGAGGAUGCUUGGCGUGCUUAUUAAAGCUGCUGAACUUCUUGCUAACCCUUGCGGGACUGGCAAUGGUUGGUUAUGGAAUCUACUUGUUUGUGGAGUACGAAAGAGCAGAGGCUAAUGAGACAUUUUCAUCUGUGAGUGGUGAUGAGACUUUGGUACAGCUCGGUCGGCCUAUGCUUACGGCUGUGUCUUUGUCUUCCAGUAUUUUUGAUAACUUGCCAAAAGCAUGGUUCUUAUAUUUAUUUAUUGGCGUAGGAGUGGUUCUCUUUGUCAUCUCUUGUUUUGGUUGUAUUGGAGUUACAACACGAAGUGUCUGCUGCCUUACUUGUUAUUCAGUAUUGGUAAUCUUGUUGAUUUUAGUUGAGCUGGGCUGUGCAGCCUUCAUUUUCUUUGACAAAUCCUGGAAAGACGAUAUUCCCACGGACAAAACUGGUUAUUUUGAAAUGAUAUACGAUUUUCUGAAAGAGAACUGGAUUAUUGUGAAAUGGGUUGCCCUUGGAAUUGUUGUUUUGGAGGCUCUUAUUUUCCUGUUGGCUCUUGUGGUUAGGGCAGCAAACAGACCUGUAGAGUAUGAUAGUGAUGAUGAGUUUAUUGCCCCAAGACAACAAAUAAGGCAGCCCUUGCUCAACAGGCCGCCAGUCCCUCCAGCAGGUGUGCCUGUAGCUGGAGCUCUUGAUCAGCGUCCAAGUAGAAAUGAUGCUUGGAGCACACGUAUGAGGGAAAAGUAUGGGCUUGAUACUUCUGAGUUCACCUACAACCCAUCUGAGUCACACAGGUUCCAGCAAGUGGCCCCACAGCAGUCAGAGGAAAGGAGUCGUUGCUCCAUCAUGUGAUGCCUUUGCGGAUGUUGCCCAACUCUGUUUUUUGAACAAUGGUGUGAGAGCUUAAAAGUUUCCUGGGGACAGUCUUUUCCUUUAUUGAGUUUGUGUACAAAACACAUUGUUCAGGAGUUUUAUCAUUCCCCACCCCUCAUUUCACUUUAUGUCAACUGCAUUACCAUUUUGUGUGUAGAAAUGUACUAUUUACAAUUAUGAAUUGUUGUGGAGUUCGUUUGAACUUAAAUUUUUUUACAGAAUUGUGAAGACAUUCUGUAGUUGCAUAAAAUAGCCGCCUUUCUUUUCUUUUUUAACAAAUCGAACAUCUGGAAGUUGUUGAAACCAGAUUCUUCCUGAA